AUGGGCAAACUCAGAGAUUCUACCUCCCCGCCCAACAGAGGUGGAUCGAGCACAUUCCCGCGCAUGGAUCCCCCACCUCCCUACGAAGAGUCCUCGCGCUCCUCCUCUGCACAUAGUAAUGACCGACUGCAGCGAGACGAAUCUCCUCGGCCGCAGAGCGAGGCUGCUCGGCAAGCGGCGUCACAGCCGGAGACAAGCCCGCAGCAGGCUGCGUCUGCGUCUGCAUCGAGGGGAACUGAGUCGUGUCAAAAGAGACAGGUCGAGGAUGGCUGCUGUACCUUUGGAGAUGGCGCUUCAGGGUGUAUGGUCGUUGGCGACCACGCCGAGGGAUGUCUAAAUUAUGGCGAUCACGCCGAAGGCUGUAUGAACUACGGCGAUAAUACAAGUGGCUGGUACGGCGCACCAGUGAUAUACCCUGUUUCUUUGCUUUUCUAUGAAGUGCGCGAGCGGCAGGCCUGA